AUGGGGAAUAUUUCAAGGAGGGAUGAAAUUCCACAAAACCCCAUCCUUGAUCUUGAAGCAUUUGAUGUGUCGGUUAUAGAUUUCAUGGGCCCUUUUAUUUCUUCACAUGGGAACAACUAUAUUUUGGUUGCCGUUGAUUAUGUUUCUAAGUGGGCGGAGGCCGUAGCUUCCCCUACGAAUGAUUUUAAGGUUGUGGUUAAUCUUUUCAAGACGGUGAUUUCCCCAAGGUUUGGUGUUCCAAGAGCCAUAAUCAGUGAUGGGGGGUCACAUUUCAAGCACCACGCCUUCGCUCGACUUCUUGAUAGAUAUGGAGUGUCUCAUAAGCGAGGGAUCGCUUACCAUCCUCAAACGAGUGGUCAAGCGGAGAUCACCAAUAGGACCGCCUUCAAGACUCCAAUAGGGACCACUCCCUAUAAGCUUGUUUAUGGGAAAGAUUGUCACUUGCUCGUAGAGAUGGAGCAUCGAACUCAUUGGGCGAUCAAGCAAAUCAACUUUGACCUCCAUAGUGCGGUUGAACAAAGACUUCUUGAGCUACAUGAGUUAGAGGAUUUGAGGAUGAAUGCCUACGAUAGUGCAAGCAUGUACAAGGCGCGGACUAAGGCUUGGCACGAUGCUCUUAUUGUCAAGAAGGAAUUUGUCAAAGGCCAAAAAUUCCUCCUAUUCAACUCCCGCUUAAAGCUUUUCCCGGGCUAG